AUGCAACCCACAUUCAUUGUCCGACUCUCAAUGGCCGUGUGCCUACUUUCGCUCUUCAUCACUGCUGUUCUCUCCACACCUAGUUCAUCCAAGUCAAACUCAGAAUCUAAUGCUCGAGUAGCUCGAUCAACAUUUAGCGACUCCGAUGAAGAACUCGUGAAGUACUGUGCCGAUUUCUGUUCCAAUCAUCAAGCAUUUACAAAACGUGCUUAUUUGAAAGGCUUCGUUCAUGGGCGCUCGACUGAUGAAGACAGUGAAGUCGAAGAUACCAGUGAUGAUCUCGAAAAACGUUUCGUUCAUGAAGACCAUAUCGAUGACAACUACGAACCAACUGAUGAAGAACUUCAUGAGUAUGCCACAUACAUCGGAAUUGAUAUCGAAAAAGAAUCGGAUCUUCUCUGGCUGGCGAAAGAAGGUUUUAUGAAACCGUUGCCCUCGGGUUGGAAAGCUUGUCAAGAGGAGAAUGGUGAAUUGUAUUAUUUCAAUUUUGAUACUGGAAAAUCUUCUUGGGAUCAUCCGUACGAUGAGAUUUACAAAGCGCGCGUUAUUCAAGCACGGGAAAAGAAAUCUCUAGCAACCGUUAUGAUCGACUCUCAUUCGAGAGGGAAGAAUACGUUGAGUAUCAGCGAAUUAUCAAGUGAAAAACAUGUAUAUAACGUCAAAAAUGAAACAAGUGAUCAUCAUGAUGAUUCGGAAAAUAUUCAUAAUAGUGAAUCGGAAAUGGAAUUGAACCAUAGCGACAAUGGUCCAGAACAUAAUAGUAACGAUUUCGGGAUCGACCGACAAAUAUCAGCGUGUAUCGAUCAUGAACAAAACGAAGCAUCCGAAUUACCUACGAUCUCCGAUGUUAUUGGUGUCCAUGAAAACAACAAAGAUAGUACUGAACGUGCAAGAGUUGCUAAUUUAGCUGCUGAAGCUGCUGAACGCCGUCGGGAAACGAAUAAAGCUCCAGUUGAAGAAAGUACUUUCAUCACACCGCGUGAAGAUUUAGAAAUAACAAAACUACGAACUCGACUUGAACAAUCGAUAAAUGAAGAGAAAUUAGAAUUACUCGAAGAAAAUCGCAUACAGAUGGAAAAGGUCAAAGCUGAAUUGGAAUCAACCAAACAACAACAAGAACGAGCAUUGCGCGAUCAAAUGAAAUCAGAAUUAACAUUAACAGAGAAGACUCUUCGGGAAAAGCUCGAACAAGAGAAGAAACUGCUCAUUAGUCGCCACCAAAACGAUCUGAUUGUACUGAAACAAAGUAUUGAAAAAGAAAAACAAGAUCUACAGAAGAAAUUAAGAGCUGAUAUGCUAUCAGAUCUGAAUCUUGAACAACAAGAUAAUGUUAAUAUGCAAAUACGUUUAUUACAAGUCAAACAUGAAUUUGAAGAGAAAUUGCGUAAUGCAGAAAAUCGAUACAAGAAUGAAAUCGAAGAUUUAACUCGACGAUUUGAAAAAGUGAAAAGCGAAAAAGAUACUGUUGAAAAACGUCUGAAAGAAAAAAAUCAAUUUUGUUUGACUAUCCAACGAACUCUGGAUCAAUUACGUGGCGAAAAAUUUUCUCUAGAACGACAACUUCACGACGCCGAGUUCGAACUCAAAACCAUCGACAGUAUUCAUCGUCAAAAGCAAAAAUCAACCUCCAGCCGCGUAGACAACGACGAGAAUUCUAAAACCGAACAAACUUUCAGUCAUAUUCCCAGCGCUUCUCUCCACAACGAAGAAGAGCACGAUGAUGAUGACGACGAAGGACUAAGCGACACUGAUAGUGAUAUUAUCGAAAUGAAACAAACAUUGAACGCUCUGAAGCAUAUGUCAUUUCUUCCAACUCCCACUGACCCAAACCACGAUAAACCACGCCCGAAAUCCUCAACAAUCAACUUUACGACAAUAACCAAACAAGACACCAGUCCGAUUACUCGAAAUAUUCCAUUCGAACGAACACCUAAUUCCUCUUUUAUCGACUCCGGUCGAUGGUCGAGCACAAUGCCGACAAAAACCAACAACAAUACAUAUCCGAUUGGAGUACAAGCGUUACCAAACUCUCCGUCAAUGUCAAAGACAACCUAUUGGCAAUCGCAACCAAGUCUUAUAACAAGAGAAGCUGUUUUGAAAGCUGCACGUGAUGUUCUUCCUCCUGGUGUUAUUGAUCAUUUAACAUCAACACAUUAA